AUGCCGGUAUAUGAUUUAACUUUUAGAUUUUCCGUGGAAGAAAACAAAUCCACUGGAACAACAGUUGGAAAAGUAUCGGCAGAGGAUCCCGACGUGGAAGGUUCUAAUGGAGAGGUUCAGUACAAGAUUGUCAAGGGAAAUGAAAACACACAUUACAAGAUUGAUGCCAGUACUGGAAUUAUUACUCUGGCAUUGCCAUUAGAUUAUGAAUCACAAAGAACAGAACUGCUACAGGUGGAAGCCUUUGACCUUGGAUCGCCACGUCUCUCAAAUGUGUGCACGGUCACCGUCCAAAUUCUGGACAAAAACGACGAAACACCAACAUUUUUGAGCCUCAAAUUAAAAGAAAGAGUGUCAGAAGAUACACUAGUUGGACAAACCAUAAGUCAAGUUUAUGCUUAUGACAAGGAUUCUUCUGUUGAUAAUAACAACAUGGUCGUUUAUAAAUCAACGUCAAAUGUACCGUUUAUAGUAGAUUCCUUCAGUGGGGCAGUAAGGGUUUCCAACAAUUUAGACAGGGAGAAGGCAGAAAGGUAUGAAAUGAUCAUCACAGCCAUAGACAAUGGAUCCCCCAAGUUGACGGGAACAUUGACGUUAGAAAUAGAUAUAACCGAUGUAAACGACAAUGAUCCCAUCGUUAGAGGAACGUACAUUGCCACUGUUCCUGAGAAUGUUCCAUUGCACUACGUUGUAUUUAGUAUCGAUGCUUCUGAUGCUGACGGAGAAGCAUUUGGUACACUGAGGUAUGAAAUUGUGUCACCUGAAAUGAAUUCGGUCUUCAAGAUAGAAGAAAAUACUGGAACCUUACAGACGGCUUCCAUGCUAGACAGGGAAUCUAGAGACAUUUAUGAAGUACCAAUCAAGGUAUCUGACAAUGGAAAUCCCCCUCGAUCAACUACAGUGUCUGCCACAGUGCAUGUUUCCGAUGUUAAUGAUGUAGCUCCAAAACCUGCACGACCUUCUUACGAUUUUUCAAUACCAGAAAUGGUUGGAAUGAAUACUAAUGUAGGGAAGAUAUCAGUUACAGAUGAUGAUUUGGGAAUAAAUUCAAAACUUGCCUUCUUCAUCGCUACCUAUUGGAAAGGAUCGGAAACUCAUUUUAAGGUUAACCAGGAUGAUGGUGAAGUGUUUACUACAGGGAUUCUAGACCGUGAAGUGGAUGACAAGUAUUCUUUUCUGGUUAGGAUAAAAGAUGGUGGAACACCUUUUCUGUCAUCAGAUGUUACAGUAAAUAUAAAAUUAACGGAUAUCAAUGACAACGCACCUGUUUUUCGACGGCCAUUUUAUUCUACAGCUAUUUUUGAAAACCUGACAACAGGGAUUAACUUUCUCUCCGCCGGAGCAUUUGAUGACGAUUUAGGAAUAAAUUCAGAAAUAACAUACGAAAUUGACACUUCGUCUGAUGAUAAUCUCAGAGCCAAUUUGUAUUUUGGGGUGCAUGGAACCACUGGAAAUAUCUUUUUGCGACGAAAAGUUGACAGAGAGGUUGAUCAAAGAUUUACGCUAACUAUCAUAGCAAAGGACAGUGGAGUACCCUCACUGUCAUCAGAAGUCAAAGUAAACAUACAAAUUGAAGACGUAAAUGACAACCCUCCAGUGUUCUCUCCCUUGUUUUAUAAUACAGAGGCGUCGUCUAUAAAUCUGUGUGACCCUGUUAUUACUACCGUGAGAGCAACGGACGCCGACAUCGGACGUAAUGCCGCUAUCAACUAUUACAUCAAUGAAAACGACGAUAAAGCGCCGCUCACAGUAUCAAAUUUUGGUGUGGUAAAAGCAAUGACUGACCUGUUGCAUCCUAAAUACAUCAUCAAAGUCAAUGGACGAGAUAAUGGGGAUCCUCAACUCUGGUCACGUGAUCCAGCUUUUGUUCGAAUCGAUAAAUUUGAUCCAGAUCGAACAGUCAUUACAUUCUAUUUGGGCCUAUUACUGUCGGACUAUUUGAAUAAGGAAAUGGAUUUGUUGGACCAAGUGGAAAAAGCUCUUAAUGAAGUGUACCCCACAGCCUAUGUCAGAAGAUGGUGCAUAGAAGAAAAGGAAACAUCCCUUCUGGUCCACUUGUAUGCAGUGAAAAAUGAUGAGACGAAUGACGUCUCUAAUUUGGAGAAAGAGAAAGUGUUUGUAACAAAUGGAGAAUUCCUUGAUGUGCUGCAACUGGAUCAGAACAAAAGACCAACUAUUGAUGUUGAUGGUAAAAGAUGGGGAGAUUAUGCCGUAAUAAAAGCAAGUCAGUACGGAACAGAUAUAGUAUAUCCAGAACCAGCUAUAUCCAGUUUGACGGACAGUUCCUCGGAACUGGUCCUUCCUUUGGGGGUUUCAUUACCUCUUUUGGCUCUUGUCGCCAUAGCAACCAUGAUAGUUCUUUACUUUGCUUGGAGAAGGCGAUGGUGUCAAAAGAAAGAAAGCAAUUCCAAGACAAAAGUCACCGAUAAAAAUGGCAAAACAUCUCUCGAAAAGGAAAAUUCAUUGGUGUCAAAUGACGACAGUUCAAUCAAUCCACUGACAAGACAGAUAUCUGGACCUUUCAUACCGACAUUUUCUGACAAGCCUCAAGAGACUUGGUCAACAAAGGAACAAGAGAACUGGUCGAAAAGAGAAUCCUCUCCUGUUAACCAGAAGUCCAAUCAACCAAUCGGAACAAUGACUCCGCCAGAUGGCGCCUCAAAUUCUAACACUGAACAAAAUGAACACGGCAAAAAAAAGCUUGGAAUUGAAACAGAACAACCAAUUGGAUCAUAUGAACAUUAUGGCGUAAAAGACCCGAGUUACAAGGGGAUAAAUUGGAAAAAACUCAGCAAAGGUAAUGAAAAGCCAGAGACAGGGUUAAACAGGGGAUCCGGAAGUGACAGCGGGUCCGGAAGUGACAAGAAGUAUGGAGGAACUGACGGCAGUUCUGAAAGUGGCAGUAGAUCCGGUAGUGACAGCAGUUCCGAAAGUGACAAGAAAAAUGGAAAAAGAUUAGGGUCAAGAAGUGAUGACAGCUCCGAAAGUGGCAGUAGAUCCGGAAGUGACAGCAGUUCCGGAAGUAAUAGGAAGUAUAGAGGACGAUUUGGGUCAGGAAGUGAUAGCAAUUCUGGAAGCAGCGAACGCUAUAACAGAAGAAAUAACAGGAAAUACAGGGGCUCUUCGUCAGGUCGUUCUUCCGAGGGGUCCGGAAGCGGAAGUACCGAGGAUACUCGUGCCUCCAAAAAAGGGUCAUCAGAGCGAGAUCGAGGCAAUCUUAUUUACGACAAUAAAGCAGGUGGCCCCUACUUCUACAAAGAAAGCAAAAGCUCUCAAUACCCUGGUCUAAGAGUUGUUGAGAAGUAUGGUGCCAUGAAAGACAAUGGAGGAAUGUUUUAUCCUAGGUUUGACUGGCCAGCAAAUUGGGGAGGGUUUGGCGAUUAUGGCGGAGGCGUAUUCGGAAAUUAUGACUACAUUCAAUAUUCAAACGGACCAAUGGCCGAACAGAACUGGCUUAACAUGAUUAACAAUUAUCGCUUUUAAUAUGAUAUACAGGUCGCAGGAUUAUAUCACAGUGCGUAGCGAUAGUUAAAUUAAUUGCCGAGUUAAAAUUCCAUUUGCUAUCAAUGUUCGAUUUCAAAAUCAUCUGUCGAGAUAAUUCAUUCAAUAGUAACGAUUUUAGUAGUAUGACAGUUAAUGGUUAGAAUCAGUUUUUAACAAUGUUAUUAAACGUCCUGAUUUAAUUACUAGUAUCAAUUGUUGUCUAUUCAUACGCCCCAAUUACUUCCUUAUCUGUAUAUCUUUAUAUAGUGUCAAAAAGGUUUCCUGCCAACGCGCGUGCGGAUAACUCGUUAUCAAGAUCUAACGUACACGUUGUCGUAACAACAGUAAUUUUGAAACCAACACGUUUCGAUAACACAAAGAUAUACUAAGAAAAUAUACGGAAAGGGUCAUUUGUUAUAUUUACAUAAAACUCCGAUCGUGUUUACCUAUAGAUACUGAAACUUAAGGUUGCAUGGGACACCUGGAUUUUGACGCAAGACAUAUCGAAAUUUACAAUAAAAUCCAUAUGAUAUAAAUCCUAUAUUUUCUUGGGUCAGAGCGUUUACUACGAAUCUGCAAGUCUCUAGUUCGAAUCCCAUGUGGGUUUUUUAAAAUCAUAUUUACCUUUCCAAAAAUUUUUAAAACAAAGUUUUGGUCAAAUACAGUAAAAAAUUUCAAUUCUAAACCAGUGAAAGUAUCUUGUUAAUAAUGUAAUUUAAACCACAUUAAUAUUGACUUGUGUCCCAUACCACCCUAACACCAAAUCACAAUCUCGAUCUCGACAGAUUAAAUUAAAAUCAGUUAAUCUGUGUAUAAAUUACAUUCCUUGAACAUUUAUUUAAAACUGCCCUCACAUGCACUGUAUAAAACUGUUGUAUGUUAUGUAAUUCUUCUGCAGUGCUUGCUUCUUUCUUACUCCCAUGACCCAAAAAAGGUAGCAUUUCAGUAUUGGCACUACGCUACAAACUCAGAUUUUGCCAAUUUUACUUCAAAGCAAAGUCCUAUUUAUAAAGACAUGUAUAUAUUUUGUCGUUUUUAUUGCAAUGAUAAUAGUAUAUCAGAAAUGUAUACAUAACAUAUAUUGUUUCACAAAGGAAAAAAAAAAGAAAUCAAAUUCUUCUAAAUUAAAACAUAGAGUAGAUAUUUCUAUUGGAAUGUUAAAGGUUUGGUAAAUCACAUGCAUUAAU